CAGAGGGCCCAAGUUGGGCUGGAGGCGAACAUUUAAUUUGAGACCAUCAUCAACCCACCAUGUUUUUUUCUUAAUAAACAUAUACCCAACAUGUUGGUGGUUUGAGAACUCAAAACUUUGAUCCGACUAGACAUUUUCGAAGACAAAUAAAUGAGUGCAUCGGCGGCUGAAGCUUCAGAGUACCAUUCCAAAGACUUCAACUGGGACACACUUCGACUAGAAAUAGAAAACGACCCUUCUCUUAACUACCAUGUUCUCCCUUUUGUAUCCCCACAACCAGAACAACAACUUACAAAAGAUCCCAUAAAAGCAUGGAAAAGUUUCCACAUUCAACAUUCUUCUGGCAAAUUUUUCAAGGAGAGGAGGUACUUGUUAAAAGAAUUUCCAGAGCUGGUUUCUUGUGGAGAUGGUUGUAAGGUUUUGGAGGUUGGGUGUGGAAAUGGCAGUACUGCCCUUCCUAUAUUGCGUGGCAACGAGAAAAUUAUUCUAUACGCAUGCGAUUGUAGCAAUGAGACCCUACAGAGAGCAAAAGAGUUCGUAGCUGCUAGUAAUGUAGCAUCAGUUGAGAAUCGUUUCAGGCCAUUCUAUUGUGAUUUUGCAACAACGGGAUUUCCAAAGUGGUUAGCUUGUGCUAAUUGCAGAGAAAAUCUUGGACAAAAGGACCAAAUUUGUGUUUCAGAUGUUGGAGAAGAAAGAACCCUUGAAACUGGUUCAUGGUCAAUGGAAGAAAGAAGCUGUUGCGUUGGUGGUGUUGACUUUGUUACCUUGAUAUUCACUCUAUCGGCAGUACCGCCCCAAAUAAUGCCAACAGCCCUGCGAGAGUGUUUUUCUGUCUUAAAACCGGGCGGCAUGCUCUUAUUUAGGGACUAUGGUCUCUAUGAUAUGACAAUGCUGAGAUUUGAACCGGACCAAAGAGUUGGGUUCAGGGAAUACAUGCGUGCAGAUGGCACCCGUUCAUAUUUUUUCUGUUUAGAUACUGCCAAAAAUCUCUUCAAUUGUGCUGGCUUCAUCGAGCUAGAGAUUGAAUAUUGUUGUGUGAAGUCAGUGAAUCGCCGAAACGGGAAGAGCAUGCAAAGAGUAUGGGUACACGGUAAAUUCCAGAAGCCCACAUAAAUUUAUUGGUCAGCAGCACUACUUAAGAUUUUUGUCUUAUCAGAAUGCCAACAAAAGAAAAUUGCUGAUGGUCGGCUUACAAUUUCAUGUAGAGGACAUUGUACAAUGAAUGGAAAAUUGCUAUUCAAUAAUCAUUUUUCCCAUAAGACAUCCUAAACAGUUAUCACAGCUCUAAGCCUGCGGAAUGGUAUCAUUCAGUCCGAUCGCAUGGAGAAGAACAAAAGAUGGAAGUUAUUUGGACCUUCAGCGUAUCAUAGAACUAAUGUUUUGUACUGUUAAUUUAUGUCAACUAAAUAAGUCCUUGGUCCAGACAAGUCCGAUUUUAGGGCCUUGGACACAUAUAUGUACUGUCAUAAUCAUUUCAAUAACCCUAAUCUUGAUCAUUCCUCUUGAAUAUCUGUCAAGAUGGAAUAGGUUAGUGAAUGCUAAGCUUAGACUUUCGCAUGUAGCAUACUGCAUAGAUACAUGCUAUCAUCUUCAACUAUGUAGAUACAUGAAUAUGGUGAUGCAGAAUUGAAUUUGGUUUGUUUCUCA